CGCACCAGGCACUGCACAGGUGGCGUCAGCACCCUUCUGGUGAGCGAGCGCGCCGCUGUUUUUGCGUGACCUGAUUGGAGAAUUAGACGGGGCCGCUCUUCCAUCAGCUCCGUAUCUACCCGGUAACCCGGUCCACUCACACAAUCAUUCAGACCACCCCACCACACCCAAUUUCCCCGCUACCGGCAUCUACAAUCGUCCACCCGAGUCGAUGCUAGCUGGAAAAAGAAGAGCAGAAAUUAUGUCGGUCUCGGUGGCGUUCAUUGGAGUGCUGAUGCUUCAUUUGGUCUCCUCACAGAACGCUGGCUUUGUGAAGUCUCCCCUGUCUGAAACCAAACUAACAGGCGACACCUUUGAGUUAAACUGUGACGUGGUCGGUAACCCGACCCCAGAGGUUCAGUGGUGGUACUCUGAGAUCAACCGGGCCGACUCCUUCCGCCAGCUCUGGGACGGUGCCCGUAAACGUCGUGUGUCCAUCAACACGGCGUACGGAACCAACGGCGUGAGCGUUCUGGGCGUCACGCUUCUCGGUCUGGAGGAUUUUGGGACGUACGAAUGUCGGGCCAGUAAUGAUCCAAGGCGUAACGAUCUGCACCAAAACUCUGCCUGGAUCAGAGCACAAGCUACCAUUACUAUGCUGCAGAAGCCUUCCAUCAACUCGUCGGAACACAUCAUGCUGCCCACUGAUCACCACAGCCUGCCCAUCACUUUGCAGUGCAACCUAACUUCAGCCCACAGUGCCCACAAGGAGAGCUUCUGGAUGAAGAAUGGGGAGGAGAUCCAGGAGACCCGCGGAGAGAGAGCCAACACUGAGUACUACCUGAAGAAGCCCCGAGGAGAGGAUUCAGGGGAGUACAUGUGUGUCUACACCUUCGAUCAGGCCCCGUCUGCUAACGCCACCAUCGAGAUUAAAGCUGGUCCUGACAUCAUAGGCCACAAGCGUAGUGACAAUAAGAAUGAGGGCCAGAAGGCCUUGCUAUACUGUAAGUCCACUGGCUACCCCUACCCUAUCUGGACCUGGCGCAAACUGGACAACGGGUUCUACAUGGACAUCAACAACUCCUCCGGCCGUUUCUUCAUUAACAACAAAGACAACUACACUGAGCUGAGCAUCAUCAACCUGGACAUCGACUCCGACCCAGGGGAGUACCAGUGUAACGCCACCAACAUGAUCGGCACCUCGUCCAUCGUGUCUGUGCUGCGGGUCCGGAGCUACCUGGCCUGGCUCUGGCCUCUGCUGGGCGUCCUGGCCGAGGUCGUUAUCCUGGUCGUCAUCAUCGUGGUCUAUGAGAAACGCAAGAAGCCAGACGAUAUACAAGACGAUGACGAACCAGCUGGACCCAUGAAAACUAACUCCACCAACAACCACAAAGACAAGAACCUUCGUCAGAGGAACACAAACUGAGCAGAUUGAUGUCUCAUUAUUAAUAAUAACAUAUUAUACAUGUAUUGACCAUAUGAAGGUAACCAGGAGAGGGAUCCAUAGCAAUGUGUUAAUGAGGAGGAGGAAGAGGAGGAGGAGCUACUGUAAAUGUCUGUAUUGUAUGAUGAGGCAUGCCUUCUGAUUUGAUUAUCUGUUUAUCGUGUGAUGGGGGUGAAGAAGGUGAUCAAUGAAUGUGAUCCCCAUAACAUUAUGAAUGGUUUACGAAGUGUCUAUGAAGCAUUAUAACCAUUGUGGCUGCAUGCAGUUAUUGAUUGUUGCUGUUUAUUUAUUUAUUAUUGAUUCUUAUCAGAUUCUUGUCAUUUUCUAUUUUUCUUUUACUAAUUCUGAAGUAAAGCAUGCAAGGUAUUCUAACCUUCUGUUUGGUGUUGACAUGACAUGACUUUUUCUUCUCCGUCUCAAAGGGCACCCUAGUCCAUAUACAGUGCACUACUUUUUGACCUGGGGCCUGGGUCUCAAAUCCAAAAUGGCACCCUAGUCCCUAUAUAGUGAUCUACUCUUGACCAGGGCUCACAGGGUAGUGCACUGUAUAGGACAGGGGUAUUCUGACCCUACUGUAUAGGGCAGGAGUAUUCUGACUCUACUGUAAAGGACAGGGGUAUUCUGACCCUACUGUAGGGCAGGGGUAUUCUGACCCUACUGUAUAGGGCAGGGGUAUUCUGACCCUAUUGUAUAGGGCAGGGGUAUUCUGCCCCUACUGUAUAGGACAGGGGUAUUCUGCCCCUACUGUAUAGGACAGGGGUAUUCUGACUCUACUGUAUAGGGCAGGGGUAUUCUGCCCCUACUGUAUAGGACAGGGGUAUUCUGACCCUACUGUAUAGGGCAGGGGUAUUCUGACCCUACUGUAUAGGACAGGGGUAUUCUGACCCUACUGUAUAGGGCAGGGGUAUUCUGACCCUACUGUAUAGGACAGGGGGUAUUCUGACCCUACUGUAGGGCAGGGGUAUUCUGACCCUACUGUAUAGGACAGGGGUAUUCUGACCCCAUGAGGUCCGGAGCACUGCUGGUUUUCUGAUCUACAUGAUAAUGAUUUACACCCACCUUAUGUCCCAAGUCUAAAUCAGUCCAUGAUUACAGGGGAAUAAUGGGAUCAUUUUUUAAAAUGAAUUUGAGGGAUAGACUUUUAGAGUAAAAGGUGCUAUCUAGAACCUAAAAGGGUUCUUCGGCUGUCCCCAUAGGAGAACCCUUUGAAGAACCCUUUUUGGUUCGAGGUAGAACCCUUUUGGUUCAUGGAUCCCGAAAGAGUUCUACCUAGCACCAAAAAGUGUUCUACCUGGAACCAAAAAGAGUUCUACUAUGGGGACAGCCGAGGAACCUUUUGGAACCCUUUAUUCUAAGAGUAUAUAAGGAAUAGGUUCCCAUAGGGAGGAAUAGGUUCCCAUAGGGAGGAAUAGGUUCCCAUAGGGAGGAAUAGGUUCCCAUAGGGAGGAAUAGGUUCCCAUAGGGAGGAAUAGGGUGCCCUUUGAGAUGCUGGCCUGGUUUUGUUGACUUUGAGAUGCUGGCCUGGUUUUGUUGACUUUGAGAUGCUGGCCUGGUUUUGUUGACUUUGAGAUGCUGGCCUGGUUUUGUUGACUUUGAG